AUGAGUGCCUGGCGCCACUACACAUUGCUGGUGUUGUUUCUUGCCGCGGUAAUCGGGCUCUGUGUCCGGGUUGUCUACCUGGGCGUCAGUGAUCGAGAUUUUCUGCAGGAGCAGGGUGACGCCCGUUCUAUUCGAACAGAAGUCAUCCCAGCUAUGCGCGGUGUGAUCUACGAUCGGCAAGGUGAGCCGCUUGCGGUGAGUACCCCGGUUUUUGCCGUGUGGACUGAUCCCAGUAAAGCGCAGUUAGGCAGUGAUGCGCUGGCGCAGCUCGCAGGUCUGAUCGAUGUGCCCGCAAAGCGCCUGACAGAACGUAUGCAGACCCAUCGUGACAAAGAGUUUGUCUAUCUGAAGCGGCGGGUUUCCUGGGCAGUUGCGGAGCAGGUCCGCAAAGCACGCCUCAGCCAUGUUUAUCUGCAGCCGGAAUACAGGCGUUAUUAUCCUGCCGCAGAAACCACCGCGCACAUUGUUGGCGUCACCAAUAUUGAUGACGAAGGCAUAGAAGGCAGCGAAUAUGCCUUUCAAGAGGUGCUCAAAGGUGAACACGGCAGCAAGGUGGUCCUGCGAGAUCGUCAGGGCACCAACAUCAGAGAUCUGUCUUAUAACGGUGCGCCGGAAUAUGGCCAGGACCUGAAUUUAAGUAUCGAUCUGCGCCUGCAGUUUCUGGCCUACAGGGAGCUGAAGUCUGCGGUUACCAGUCACCAGGCUAAAUCCGGUUCACUGGUGAUGCUGGAUGUAGCCAGCGGUGAGAUUCUUGCCAUUGUGAAUCAGCCUUCGUACAACCCAAACGAUAUUCGUGAGCAGCUUUCGGGCAUGCGCAACCGCGCGAUUACAGACGCCUACGAACCCGGCUCGACCAUGAAGCCCUUUACGGCGUUGGCCGCAUUGGAAACAGGUCGCUAUAGUGGUCGUACCGAGAUUGAAACAGCGCCAGGUUUUUUCCACAUUGGUAAAAAGCUGGUACAGGACCCGGUUAAUCGCGGCUUGAUAACCCUGGCGGAGUCACUGCAGAAAUCCAGUCAGGUGGCCUUUGCAAAAAUUGCCUUGGAUCUGGAAGAGCAGGCCGUUUUUGAUGUUAUCCGUCGAGCCGGGGUAGGUGAUUUUCUGGGUACUGGCUUGCCUGGUGAAACCAUGGGAUAUCUGGCCAGCGCGCAACUGCGUUAUCCGGUGGUUCGGGCCAGUCUGGCGUAUGGUUAUGGCUUGUCCGUCACGCCUCUGCAGCUGGCGCAUGCCUAUCUUACGCUUGCGACUCUUGGCGAAAAGCUACCUCUUUCAGUUAUCGCACGGUCCGAUCGGAGCAGGCGCUUGAUGCGCGAACGUGUCUUUGACCGUCGUAUUGCAAGCGAAGUACUGGCGAUGAUGGAAGGCGUUACAACUGAAGGCGGUACGGCGACCACAGCGGCGGUUAGUGGCUAUCGCGUGGCCGGCAAAACCGGCACGGCCAGGAUCGUGGGCCCUCAGGGCUAUAACGAUGAGCGGCACGUGGCUUGGUUUGCAGGUGUUGUGCCUGUCAGUGAUCCCAAGCUGGUAAUGGUAGUUGUGGUCAAUGAGCCUAAAGCCGGAGUCUCCGGAGGCGGUGCGGUAGCUGCGCCGGUGUUCGCGCGCGUUGCUUCCAGAUCAUUGCGUUUACUUGGUGUUUUACCUGAUCAACAGAUGGCUGCACGUGACCCGGCCUUGCUUGAUGACGAGUCUGUACCUGCCCUUGAGCUUACCGGGCUGGCUGAGCACAGCCAACAGGUACAACCUGGAUUUGGCUAUAUUGCCGUGGCAGCCAACGAUGAUGAUCUGCUUCGACAUUGCCGUGAUGCCCUUGCCCGCGGCGCGCAGGCCCUGCUGAUAGAUUCCGCUGCAGCGAGUCAGGCCAAGCUCAGUCGGGCUGCACCAGAUUCGUGUGUUUGCGAGGUUGUUGAUCUGGCCAAACGGCGCGGUGAACUGGCUGCCCGGUUUUAUCGUCACCCCAGUGCACAUAUGACCUGUAUCGGUGUCACCGGUACCAAUGGGAAAACUUCUGUUGCCUACCACAUUGCUGAUCUGGCAAAGCGGUUGGGCCAUCCGAUGGGUUACAGCGGCACCUUGGGGUGGGGGGCUUUAGAUCACCUGGUUGAUGAAGGUAUGACUACGGGUAACGCGGUUGCCUUGCAGCGUCAGUUGGCAGAUAUGCUUGGCGCGGGGCUCGAAGGUGUGUCUAUGGAGGUCAGCUCCCACGCAUUGCAUCAGAAUCGGGCGUCAGAGAUUGAAUUUGAUGUCGCUUUGUUUACCAACCUGAGUCGUGACCAUCUGGAUUACCACGGCACCAUGGACGCGUAUGGUGAGGCUAAGGCCAAGCUGUUUACCCAGUGGCCGUUGCGCGCCGCGAUCAUCAACGUCGACGAUGAAUUUGGUGAUGCGCUUGCGCAGCGCUGUUCGUGCCCGGUGGUACGAGUAGGUCAAACGGGUGAUUGGCGCUGGCGAUAUCGGCGCCAUGCCAACGGCUUGCUGGUGAGCUGGCAGACACCUGAUGGUGAAUGUGAAGCGGUAUUGCCUGUACUUGCAGACUUUGCUGUGGCUAACGUCACCCUGGCUAUGGCUGCGCUUGUGACCCUGGGUUAUCCACUCUCCAGAAUUGUCGACGCGCUUGCUGAUAUGGCCGGUGUUCCGGGUCGGAUGGAAGUUGUUGCGGGACGGGACGACCAGCCUACUGUGGUUGUUGACUAUGCGCACACGCCAGAUGCGUUGAUUAAAGUUUUACGCGCCCUGAGACAAACCUGUCAGGCGCAAUUGUAUUGUGUUGUUGGCUGUGGUGGUGACCGCGAUAGCGGUAAGCGUUCGAUGAUGGGCGCGGCUGCUGCGGAUGCCGCUGAUCACAGCUGGUUCACCGCUGACAAUCCGCGGAGUGAAGCCGCUCAGCAGAUUAUUGCGGAUAUGAUGGCGGGCGUGUCUGCGGACAGGCGCGAUACGAUUAUCUCUGAACCCGAUCGGCGCCGUGCGAUAUAUGCAGCUGUUGCAAUGGCAGGGGGCGGCGACACGGUUCUUAUCGCCGGUAAAGGCCACGAGACUGUGCAGGAAAUCGCGGGUACUAAAUACGCUUUUGAUGAUCGGGUUCUGAUGCUGUUGUGGCUGACCGACUAUCUUUCAGAGUUUGUUCGCGCUUUUGCGGUUUUCCAGUAUCUGACGUUCCGCACCAUGGUCAGCGUGAUGACCGCUCUAUUUACAUCAUUGCUGAUUGGCCCCUACGUGAUUGCCAAGCUAGCGGAUCUGCAGAUGGGCCAGACCGUGCGUGAAGACGGACCCCAGUCGCAUCUCAGUAAAGCCGGCACGCCAACCAUGGGGGGUGCGCUGAUUCUGAUUGUUAUUCUUGUAACGACAUUAUUGUGGGGAGAUCUGACGUCCCGUCAUAUCUGGGUGGUGCUCAGCGUGACCGCUGCAUUUGGCAUUAUCGGCUGGGCAGAUGAUUACUUGAAAAUUGCCCGCAAGAACAGUGCGGGUCUGGUCGCGCGUUGGAAAUACUUCUGGCAGUCCUUAGUUGGUUUAUCUGCCGCAGUUUUUCUGUUUACCGCCGCAGAACUUCCCGCUGAGACAGCUUUGAUUGUGCCAUUUUUCAAAGAGGUGGCUAUUCCGCUGGGUACCGGUUUUGUGCUUCUGAGCUAUCUGAUGAUUGUCGGCAUGAGUAAUGCUGUGAAUCUAACAGAUGGUCUUGAUGGUCUGGCUAUAUUGCCUACGGUCAUGGUCGGUGCUGCGCUGGGUCUGAUUGCCUACGUCGCGGGCAACACUGAAUUUUCCGCUUAUCUGCAGAUUCCCUAUAUACCGGGAGCUGGUGAGCUGGCAGUUUUCUGUGGUGCUUUGAUCGGUGCAGGUCUCGGAUUUCUCUGGUUCAACACUUACCCCGCGCAGAUUUUUAUGGGUGACGUAGGUGCGCUUGCGCUGGGUGCUGCACUUGGCGUAGUUGCAAUCAUCGUCAGGCACGAAAUAGUGUUGUUAAUUAUGGGUGGGUUGUUUGUGCUCGAAACGGCCAGCGUCAUUAUCCAGGUUGCGUCUUUCCGACUAACCGGGAAGCGCAUUUUUCGCAUGGCACCCAUUCACCAUCACUUUGAGUUGAAAGGAUGGCCGGAACCCAAGGUUAUUGUCAGGUUCUGGAUUGUCACGUUAGUGCUGGUCACCAUCGGUCUUACCUCACCCUUAAAUAUCGAUCAACUGUCGUCUGUAGCCGUGCUCGGCUACGGGGUGACCGGCGAGUCCGUACCGGUUGAUUGUGCAAUUGUCAGUCCGGGCCUGAAUAUGGACGCCUGUUUGUUACAAAGCGCCCGUGCAGCGGGUGUGCCGCUAUACAGCGAUAUUGACCUGUUUUUCGCUGCUGUAGCGGCGCCGGUAAUUGGUAUCACCGGCACAAAUGGGAAAAGCACGGUGACUUCACUGGUAGGCCACCUGAUAAAUGCUGUUGGUCACUCCUGCGGUGUGGGCGGCAAUCUUGGCGUGGCCGCGCUCGACAUUAUUGAUUCCGAGCAUGAUUGUUAUGUGCUGGAACUUUCCAGUUUUCAACUCGAACGUAGCCUGCUCCACCCAUACGCCGCGUCUUCCGUAUUGAACCUCAGCGAAGAUCAUCUUGAUAAACAUCAAGAUAUGCAGGCAUACGCCGCAAGUAAACAUCGCAUUUAUGCGAAUUCAGGUACCCGUGUGUUCAACCGUGCUGAUCCGCUGACGCUUCCUCACACAGAUGGCCGAACGGUGAGCUUUGGUUUGGAUGAGCCGCCUGGCCCAGAUGACUGGGGUAUCCGACUGUCAGCUGAUGAACGCUUCAUUGCUAGAGGCGAAGAGAUUAUCUGCCCUGUUUCCCAGUUGCCGUUGGCGGGUGAACAUAAUGAGCAGAACGUGCUGGCGGCUUGUGCCCUGACUCAGGGGUGGGUGGACUUAGACAGGCUCACUCAGGCGCUGUCUUCUUUUCAGGGGCUGGCGCAUCGUUUUGAGCAGGUUGCUGAGGUUGGUGGCGUAAAUUUCAUAAACGACUCCAAAGCGACAAAUCUGGGUGCCACCAUGGCUGCGUUGGCAGGCAUGUCUGCCGAUAAACAGGUGGUCCUGAUUGCUGGUGGUGAUGCCAAAGGCGUUGAUCUUGCGCCUCUGUCAGCGUUGUUGGCGUCCAGAGUGCAUCAUCUGGUUGCGCUGGGUCAGGACGGCCCGCAGCUUAUGCAGCUGGCUGAGUCUGUUGGUGUUGCCGCUACUCUGGUUGCGUCGAUGGAAGAGGCGGUAGACGUCUCUCAAAGAGUGGCACGACAGGGCAACACGGUCUUAUUGUCUCCUGCCUGCGCCAGUCUGGAUAUGUUUGUCAGUUAUGCUGAUCGAGGCGAGCAAUUUGUGCGCGCGCCGGAAAUUCGUUUGGCUCCCGUGGUGAUUCCCUGGGUGGCGUUGCUUGUUAUUGGCACGAUUAUGGUAGGUUCAGCCGCUGUCGCCCUGGGCGGCGGACACCUGAGUAAACACAUGGUUUUCCUGGCGGUUGCUGCUGUCAGUUCUGUAGUUGUUUUUGCAGUGCCCCCUUCGAUCUGGAAUAAGCUCUAUCUGUUAGGUUGGGUUGCGUCUGUUGCGAUUGCGGUCCUCGUGCUGGUGCCCGGAAUAGGUACCGAGGUUAACGGUGCUCAGCGUUGGAUAAGGUUGGGUGGCUUCUCUAUUCAAGCAUCAGAGGUCGCGAAAUUCGGCCUGUGUGUAUACAUGGCGGGCUAUCUCAGUCGACAUCAUCAGAAACUCAGCGAAGAUCCGCGUGUAUUAUUUGUACCAUUGCUGAUGGUUGGUGUGGUCUGUGCCUUACUGGUUGUCGAGCCUGACCUGGGUUCAGCGGUAGUGAUUGUUGGCGCCAGUGUUGCUGUGCUGUUUCUGGCUGGCGCCAAGUUGCGUUAUUUUCUGCUGAUUCUGUUGGCCGGUGCUGGACUUCUUGCCUUACUGGUCUGGGACGAACCCUACCGCAUGGAACGUCUCGUUGCGUUUCUUGAUCCCUGGUCGGUAGCUUUUGGCAGUGGUUAUCAAUUGACACAGGCACUUAUUGGUUUUGGGCGCGGUGAACUGUUUGGUCUGGGUUUGGGUGAAGGUGUGCAGAAACUGUACUACCUGCCAGAAGCGCACAACGACUUUAUUUUCAGCGUCGUGGCUGAAGAGCUUGGCGCCGUUGGCGCGAUUCUGCUCGCACUUCUAUUGACGUAUCUGGUGUUCCAGCUGCUUAAAGUCUCGCGUGCAAAUAUAGCCCGGCAGGCCAUAUUUGCCGGCAUGGCAGGCUAUUUUGUGGCCUUUAUUAUCGGCAUUCAGUUUCUUGUGAACCUUGGGGUUAACACGGGUGUGCUGCCGACCAAGGGGUUAACCCUGCCUUUUGUCAGCUAUGGUGGUAACAGUCUGAUUGUCUGUUGCGCGAUGCUGGCGCUGCAAGCAGUUUACCAGGUACCGGAAAUGGGGCGCAUUCGCUGCAUCCAUUUUGUUGGCAUUGGCGGUGCCGGCAUGUGUGGUAUUGCGGAAGUCAUGUUGAAUCAGGGUUACCAGGUAACCGGCUCAGAUGUGAAAGCUUCUGAGAACACCGCACGCCUCGAAAACAAAGGCGCCACCAUACACAUAGGGCACAGCGCGGACUGGGUUGCCGAUGUUGAUGUGGUUGUAGUGUCGAGUGCCAUCGAUGAAGAAAACCCUGAGGUGCAAGCUGCACACCAGGCCCGUACGCCGGUGGUGCCGAGAGCUGAAAUGCUUGGUGAGCUGAUGCGUUAUCGUCAUGGUAUUGCCGUAGCCGGCACACACGGAAAAACCACAACCACGAGUUUGCUGACAGAAAUUUUUCGCUGUGCCGGACUAUCACCCACGUUUGUGAUUGGCGGCCUGCUGAACAGUGCCGGUACUAAUGCAGAGCUCGGUCUGGGUCGAUAUCUUAUUGCAGAAGCGGAUGAGUCAGACGGUUCUUUUCUGCGGUUGCAGCCCAUGUCGGCGGUCAUUACCAAUAUUGAUCGUGAUCAUAUGGCCACUUACGGUAACGACUUUAAUGUGCUCAAAGAGACCUUUGUUGAGUUUGUUCAUCGCUUGCCGUUUUAUGGAGCCGUGGCGGUCUGUGUUGAUGAUGCUGAGGUGGUAGAUAUUCUGCCGCAUCUAUCCAGGCCGGUAUUGACCUAUGGUUUGUCUGCUGAGGCUCAGUUCCGAGCGCAUAAUAUUCAACCCGACGGCAAAACGUGGCAGUUCGAUGUCGAUCGAGGCAGUUUUGGCGGGCCGUUACAGAUCAGUUUGUCGAUCCCUGGAACACAUAACGUUCUCAAUGCGCUGGCGGCGAUAGCGAUCGCAACUGAAGAAGGUAUAGACGACCGCCAUAUCGUUGAGGGGCUGCUUGGAUUUGCUGGUGUCGACAGACGCUUUCAGGUGACGGACAACGUUCAUGUUGGCGACCAGCUUCUGUCGAUGGUUGACGACUAUGGACAUCACCCAACCGAGGUUGCAGCGGUGAUUGCGACCGCGCGUAAGGUCUGGCCGGACGCCACGAUUGCAAUGGUUUACCAACCGCAUCGUUAUUCCCGCACCCGCGAUCUGUUUGAUGAUUUUGUGCGUGUUCUGUCCGAACUCGAUGCGGUCAUGCUGGUCGAGGUUUACGCCGCCGGUGAAGGGCCCAUUGCUGGAGCCGACAGUAAGUCAUUGUGCCAGGCUAUUCGUCAGCGCGGCGGUGUCAGCCCCGUUUAUGCGCAAGACCCCGAGGAAGCUUUGCAGCUGCUCAUGUUUAAUCGCCUGUUGUUUGCUGUGGUUGUGUUAUCCAUUGUUGUGGUGGCUGCUGGUCUCUGGCAUACCCUGGAUAAGCCUGUGCAGGGGUUUGUUAUUGAAGGCGACCUGUCUGGUAUGGAGCGUGCUGAAUUGCAGGCAGCACUCAGUGACACUGCGUUGCAGGGCAUCCUUUCAACCAGACUGGAUGCCAUUGUAUCCCGGGUUCAGAGUUUGCACUGGGCGAAAGACAUCAGCAUCCGCCGGGCCUGGCCUGACCGCUUUGUUGUGACACUACACAAAGCCGCACCUGUUGCGCGUUGGGGGGAUAGUCAAUAUGUGUCUGCGUAUGGCGAUCUGCUUGAGUUACCAGAUGUCUACCCCGGGCUGCCGCAUUUCAUGGUAGAGGUCAGUAAUCCUCAGGAAGCAAUGCAGACUUAUCGCCUGCUGGACCAGAUUGCGGCUCGGGAAUCCCUUGCCAUCAGCCGUCUUGCUCAGAAUAGCCAGGGUGAAUGGAGCGUAGAAUUAUCGAAGGGGCCGCGAGUGUUGCUUGGCGCGCAGCAGAUAAACGAGCGCAUGCACCGAUUUUUACUGGUAUAUCGCCGAGUGCUCAGCGCUGGGGAUAAGCCCGCGGAAUAUGUUGAUGCCCGUUACGCCAAUGGCGUAGCCGUGCGCUAUGUCCCGGAACAGCAAACAAAUAAUGAAUCUCUGUUGGUUGCGGAUGCAGAUGCUGCAGCUUAUCUACAAAGAAUUGUCGGGCUUGAUAUAGGCACCAAUAAGGUUGCCGCAAUAGUCGCUGAAGUUAACCGUGAUGGUGAGCUGGAGAUUAUCGGGAUCGGCACGCACAACUCGCGCGGUCUAAAGAAAGGCGUGGUCGUCAAUAUUGAAUCCACAGUUCAGUCGAUUCAGCGCGCCAUCGAAGAAGCAGAGCUUAUGGCGGGUUGCACCAUCGAAAGUGUCUAUGCCGGAAUUGCUGGCAGUCAUAUCCGGUCUUUGAAUUCCCAUGGCAUUGUCGCGAUUCGUGAUCGGGAAGUGUAUGCCCAGGAUGUUGAACGCGUGAUAGAUGCAGCACAGGCCAUGGCCAUUCCUGCAGAUCAGAAAAUACUGCAUGUGCUGCCACAGGAAUACGUCAUAGAUACUCAGGAAGGCGUAAAAGAGCCGUUAGGUAUGUCAGGGGUGCGUCUGGAAGCAAAAGUGCACAUGGUCACCUGUGCGGUAAAUGCUGCGCAGAAUAUAGAAAAAUGUAUUGAGCGUUGCGGCCUAAGCGUUAACGACAUCAUUCUGGAGCAGCUUGCGUCCAGUUAUUCAAUUCUGACCGAUGACGAGCGUGAGCUGGGUGUCUGUCUGGUAGACAUUGGUGGCGGUACAACUGAUAUCGCGGUGUUUACUGGAGGUGCUAUCCGUCAUACCGCCGUUAUUCCUAUUGCCGGCGAUCAGGUAACCAAUGACAUUGCGAUGGCUCUGCGCACACCUACGCAGAACGCGGAAGAUAUAAAAAUAAAGUAUGCCUGUGCGUUAACCCAGUUGGCUCGUGCUGAUGAAGUUAUCAACGUGCCUGGGGUGGGGGACAAGCCCUCCAGGGAGUUGUCCAGGCAGGCUCUUGCGGAGGUGGUCGAGCCACGCUAUGACGAAUUGUUUACGUUGAUUCAGGCAGAGCUGCGGCGCAGCGGCUUUGAGGAUUUGAUUGCGGCAGGCAUUGUCCUGACAGGCGGUGCUGCAAAAAUGGAAGGUGUGAUUGAGCUUGCGGAAGAGAUAUUCCACAUGCCGGUCAGUCUGGGGUCGCCACGUAAUGUGGCUGGUUUAAAGGACAUCGUACGUAACCCUGUUUAUGCCACGGGCGUAGGUUUGUUGCUGUACGGUCUGGAGCGAGAAAAAGAAAUGCCGGCUCGCGGGAGCGCCCACAAGGGUGGUCUGUUCGGGCGUGCGGUGAUAAAAGUGAUUGGUGUUGGAGGCGGCGGCGGUAAUGCUGUGCAGCAUAUGGUCAGCAGAUGUGUAGACGGUGUUGAUUUUAUUGCUGCCAAUACGGAUGCGCAGGCGCUUAAAAAUCUGGAUGCGCAGACUACACUGCAGAUCGGUAGCGGUAUAACAAAAGGGUUGGGUGCAGGCGCCAACCCUGAUAUCGGUCGUGCCGCGGCAAUAGAGGAUCGCGAGCGGAUCAGUGAAGUGCUUUCCGGUGCAGAUAUGGUAUUCAUAACCGCAGGCAUGGGUGGCGGAACGGGUACUGGUGCCGCGCCGAUAGUGGCUGAAAUUGCGCGUGAAAUGGAUAUUCUGACCGUCGCUGUGGUUACCCGACCUUUCAAUUUUGAAAAGCGCGUGGACGUUGCGGAUAACGGUAUUCGCGAGUUGUCUCAACACGUUGACUCGUUGAUUACUAUCCCCAAUGAAAAGCUGUUAGCCGUUUUGGGUGAGCGAACCAGUAUGCUGGACGCGUUCAGUGCAGCGAAUGACGUUCUGCUGGGUGCCGUGCAGGGUAUUGCAGAUUUGAUUAUUCGUCCCGGCAUGAUCAACGUGGAUUUUGCAGACGUACGUACGGUGAUGUCUGAGAUGGGUAUGGCCAUGAUGGGAACCGGUCGAGCGUCUGGGGAUAAUCGUGCAAGAGAUGCGGCGGAAGCUGCGAUUCGUUCGCCUCUGCUUGAAGAUGUUGAUCUGCAUGGCGCGCGCGGCAUUCUGGUUAACGUGACUGCCGGCCCGGAUCUGAAUAUCGGUGAGUUCACGGAAGUGGGUAGUAUUGUUGAGGACUUUGCAUCCUCCGGUGCUACCGUAGUAGUCGGCACCGUGAUUGAUCCAAGCAUGGGUGAAGAGCUUAAAGUGACCGUUGUAGCGACGGGUCUGGGUGAAGCUGAAGCGCCCAGUGUUGUCAUCGAUAAUACGGUUGCCCCAGCGGCGCUGGACGGUGAACUGAAUUACGACGAUUUUGAACGACCUGCUUAUUCUCGUCAUCAGGGCGCAACCGCACGCGAUCAGCGGACUGAAACUCCGGACAGUCAGAGUAUGGAUUAUCUGGAUAUCCCCGCGUUUUUGCGGCGCCAGGCUGACUGA